UGGUGAAAACCGCAUCCCCACUUCCCCAGACGGGCCUGAUAAGCAGGGAUCAUCCCCGCAUUGCCGUCACUACUUCUGGGUACUUGUUAGGUACAUCUGUUUGUAUGCUAUCUUCGCUGUGAUGGGAAGUAUCUAUGAUGUACCCAUAUCCUCUCCUCUCCCCGCCCGGUGGUCGAACCUCGGGAAUUCCAUCGGUAUAGAAAGACAGAGAGACAGAGAGAGACAGAAGAGAAGACAGUAUAUACUACAACUACAGACCUUAUUAGAUCCUCCUCUCCUCUUCAUGCACUUCUUCUCCUCCCCUUCGUCCAGGACCGCUACUCAGCCCGGAAUCACAUCGUUGCUAUUCUCUACUAUUCCUUCAAUCUGGCACCCACCAUGUGUGCUGCGUCCCUGACAUCUGCUCCUCUCCGGAGACUGAGAUGCUCUGUUCGUACCAUUCCCGCCUCGCGGCGUGCAUUUUCAGUUUCACGACCACGCGAUGCCACCUGGGGGUUCAUUGGUUUGGGCCAGAUGGGCUAUGCAAUGGCGAAGAAUCUGCGCUCGAAGAUCCCUGCCGGUGAUACUCUUGUCAUUCGCGAUAUCGAUAGUGAUGUUAUGAAGAAGUUUGUCGAUGAGGUUGGUGCUUCCAGUAAAGAGAGGCUGAGUGUUGAGGUGGCUGGUAAUGCGCGUGAGGUUGCUGAGAAGUCGGAAGUCAUCAUCACCAGCCUUCCCGAACCGAGCCAUGUCAAGGACGUCUUCCACUGCAUCCUGAAGCACGGUGAACUGCCCCCCGUCGCCCAGGAACGUCUCUUCAUUGACUGCUCGACCAUCGAUCCCGCCUCUUCCAAGGAGAUCGCCACUGCCGUCCACUCGACCCAGGCCGGCCGCUUCGUCGAUGCCCCCAUGUCCGGUGGUGUUGUCGGGGCGCGCGCCGGCACUCUAUCGUUCAUGUUCGGGGCGACCACCAAGACCGGACAGCUGGUCGAGCGGGUCAAGCCGAUCCUCCUGCUGAUGGGCAAGAAGGCCUGGCACCUCGGUGAGCAGGGCGCAGGCGUGACCGGUAAGCUGGCCAACAACUACAUCCUAGCCAUCAACAAUAUCGCAACGGCUGAGGCGAUGAAUCUGGGAAUCAGAUGGGGUCUCGACCCCAAAGUCCUUGCUGACAUGAUCAACUCAUCCACCGGCCGCUGCUGGCCCAGCGAGGUCAACAACCCCGUCCCUGGUGUCGUCGAGACAGCCCCGGCCUCGCGCGGCUACACCGGCGGGUUUGGCGUCAGUCUGAUGAAGAAGGACCUGCGGCUGGCCAUCGCAGCCGCCGCUGAGUCCGGCACGCCCCUCGAUCUGGCCAACACGGCACGCGGUGUGUACGAUGCCACAGAGGACAAGUAUCGCGGCAAGGAUUUCUCAGUCGUAUACCAGCAUCUGUUGGACAAGUCCCGAUAGGUACCCGUGUGUGUGUGUGUGUGUAUGUGUGCUUUUUUUAGCGUGUGCAUUUGCAUGUUGUCCCUGGACAGCUUAGGGUUCUAGGCUAGGCGCAUGGGUUUGGAUACCAGGAUGUACAGAUACCUGAAUGAAUUAUGACUUUUCCUGAUAUAGAUAUACUGCAAUUGUGCUGUCGCGUAGCUUCCGC